AUGUCGGGAAGUGUACUGGAAACACCAGCACCUGAAGCUAACUCAUUACCUGGGCUUUCAACCCCCCAUUUAAACGGCUCAGCAUCAAAUGCAACUCGACAAGACCCAAACUCAUCAUCUACAGAGAAGAAGACCACUGCAUUUGAUAUAGCUCAUGAUAUUGAACGUGAACUAGCGAAAGCCACGGAGUUGCUAGACAAGAAUGAAAAGGAGAUGAACGCAAAGAUAGAUGCUACAUUACGGAGAGUGUCAGCUUUGCAGCUGAAGGACAAAUGA